AUGUCUCAAAGGGAAUGGGGUCCGAUAUUGGAAGAGGAGACACGCCGGCUCAUACAGAACAUCAUACGCACACCAUCCUCGUACAAAGAGCACAUAAAUUGGCAAGUGGCUGCUUCUCCCUCAUCCGAUAUCUCAGCUGCUGACGAUCGAGAAAGGUAUCUGGCCAUGUUCAUGAACCGCUUCACCUAUGGGACUCCUAUCACGGAGGAGCGUUUGAAACUCGCCGAAGAACUUUCAGUGCAAACGCAAAAAUCGCUAAGACCGGGCUACUGGAUCGUGGACUCCGUGCCGCUUCUGGCCUACUUGCCCGAAUGGUUACCGGGAAUGGGGUUCAAGAAGUGGUGCAGAGAUGCACGCGCUCAUUUCGAUGCGUUCACGGUUGUGCCAUUUCGCGGGGCUCUCGAUAGCGUUCGCAAAGGCGAGGUUCAGGAAGGCAUGAUCCCUCGUGGCUUGCAGGAGCUUUUGGCAGACAAACCGACGGCUGACAUGGACGUUCUGCACUCCGCCGCUUGCAGCACCCAUACAGCGGCAACGGAGACGACGUCUGCCCUCCUCUUCAGCUUCAUAUUGUUGAUGACACUUCACCAAGAUGUACAGUCAAGGGCAUACAAGGAGAUCAGCGACGUUGUUGGGACCGCGCGGCUUCCCCUGCUAUCAGAUCUGUCGUCUCUGCCAUACAUCAAUGCGAUUUUGAAGGAGGUUCACCGAUACCAUCCUGCGGUUUCUAUUGUUUCUCGCUCUCCAUCAGAACAUGACGAGUAUGGCGGAUACUUUGUGCCCAAGGGUGCAUGGGUGAUCUUCAACCUAUGGGCAAUCACUCACGACGACACCAUUUACAAUGAUCCAGAUGCCUUCAAUCCGGAUCGACAUUUGAAUCUACCUGAAGGCGUGGCAUACUUGGACCCUAGGGAUGUCACGUUUGGUUUGGGAAAACGGAUAUGUCCUGGGAUCAACCUGGCCAACGCACAGAUAGCUCUAUUUAUGGCACAAGUCCUAUCUGCCUUCCACAUUACUAUGCCAUCGACGGAUGACAAUGGCGCCCAGAACAUGCCUCAUUUAGCGUACACCCCGACCUUCGUCAGUGCACCUGAGCCGUUUACCUGCUGCUUUUCUCCUCGCGACGACGACUUCUCACAGCAGUUGUUGUUCGCGUCGCAACUGUAA